CUGAUUUUAGAUGAGAAAAAACUAAUCGAAAAGCUCCCACUCAAAUUACAAACAGAUUUGGCUUUGUCAGUCCACUACAACACUCUUAGCAAAGUCCAGCUUUUUCAGGACUGCGAUCGUGCGCUUCUAAGGGAUCUCGUUCUCAAACUACGUCCAGUAAUAUUUCUUCCCGGUGACAUGAUUUGUAAGAAGGCGAGUGUCUCACGACUCUUAACUUUGGGCCUACUUACAACGGAAGGAAACUUGGUCGAAGGUGAUGUUGGCAAAGAGAUGUAUAUUGUCAAUCAGGGUGUUCUUCAAGUAGUUGGAGGAGAGAACAACAAUACUGUGUUCGCUGAACUUACACAAGGAUCUGUAUUUGGAGAGAUCAGUUUACUGGCAAUCGGUGGCAACAAUCGCAGAACUGCAUCUAUUCGUGCAAAGGGAUACGCAACGCUCUUCGUUUUGGCUAAGGAGGACUUGAACGAUGUUAUCAAGUAUUAUCCCCAAGCUCAGAUACUUCUCAAACGAAAAGCCGCCCAAAUGCUGAAGAAUGACAAGAAAGCGGAGCCAACUACUUUGGAGGAGAAAGGUCUUGAAGAGACUUGUCGUCUUUCCGGUCUCGGCACGCCACGAAUGCUUAAAGUUGUGGCUGAGGUGCUCAAGCCAGAAAAACCUUCCACGGCACAGCUUAAGCAGGCUAUCAAUAUCGGAGAGCAAAGACGGCGCGCUUCUGUCUAUCCAUGGUCUACCAUCCAGAACGAGGAUUUAUCCGACGACUCUGCAUUUGAAGGAGGCUCUGAGGAUGAUGAUGACGAAGCUUUUGAAAAAGACAAAGACGAGUAG